AGCCCCUCAACCUUCGUUCUCUUCACUCUUCUCGCUGUGGUUUUCUUCUUCCCGCUUUUCAAAACCAGUCACUCUUUUGGAUGCUAUCCUCUUCUUCUUCUCCUCCUCUUCCUCCUUUUUUCCCCUAAAUGCUCACCUAGCUCUCUCAUUCCUCUCCCUCUCUCUUUCUCUCCUUCCAGUCUUCGUUCCCUGUUCGCUCAUGGCCGCUGGAGGUCUCAUCUCCAGCAGGAAUUUCGGCUCUGUACUCCCUUCAGGAAGGAAAUAUCAAUUGGAGCGGAUUACUGGACAUGGUAGCAAAACAUGCUCUGCCUAUACUGGUCGGAGAUUCACAUUAGCAAGAGAUUUCAACAACUCUUCUUUGUCUAGAGUUAACUUAUCUCAAUUAAAGAUGCGCACCUUGUGCCAGGUUCAUGUCACCUGCGUUCUGAAUAAAACUAUCAGAAUGCAGAAAGUUCCAUUUCUUGGUGAGGUUGGAUAUGCUUUAUCGAAUUCCUUGAUGAAAAAUUGUAACAUCAAGCAGAGGUUUUCUGGAAGAUCUAAAUGCUUUCUUUCAUCCGAUGCUAGUUUUAGUUCACUUAAUUUGGAAAAACUAGAUAAACUUGGUGUAUCAGAUGGCAAAAGCAGGCAAUAUGAGCAUCGACUUGCAAUUAGGUCCCGUGCUGACUAUAAAUCUGGGGAAUAUGACAUAACAGGCCAACCAAUGGAUUCACUAGAAUCUGUUGAUGUUCCAAACGAUGCAAUAGUACUGGAAGCUGAUGCGAAGAGCAUAUCUCCUUGGUGGGAACAAUUUCCUAAGCGAUGGUUGAUAGUACUGCUGUGUUUUACAGCUUUCCUUCUCUGCAAUAUGGAUCGUGUGAAUAUGAGCAUAGCGAUCCUUCCUAUGUCAUCAGAGUUUAAUUGGAGCCCAGCAACUGUUGGAUUGAUCCAGUCUUCCUUUUUUUGGGGUUACUUGCUCACUCAGAUUGUAGGGGGCAUUUGGGCAGAUAGGAUUGGUGGAAAGUUGGUUUUGGGUUUUGGUGUUGUCUGGUGGUCUGUUGCAACAGUGCUCACACCUUUGGCUGCUAGAAUUGGGCUUCCCUUCUUGCUUAUCAUGCGUGCUUUUAUGGGAAUUGGUGAGGGAGUUGCCAUGCCCGCUAUGAAUAACAUACUUUCAAAAUGGGUUCCAGUGUCAGAAAGAAGUAGGUCACUUGCAUUUGUGUACAGCGGAAUGUACCUUGGUUCUGUAACAGGCUUGGCCUUUUCACCUUUGCUAAUUCAUAAAUAUGGUUGGCCUUCUGUUUUUUAUGCAUUUGGAUCGCUUGGAAGUGUAUGGUUUGCUUUAUGGCAGAGGAAAGCACACAGCUCUCCUAAAGAAGAUCCAGAGCUUAGUAAGAAUGAGAGGAACCUUAUCCUGGGAGGGAAUGUGUCGAAGGAUCCUGUUUCAUCCAUUCCAUGGAGACUUAUUCUCUCAAAAGCUCCUGUUUGGGCUCUUAUAAUAUCCCACUUCUGCCACAACUGGGGCACUUUUAUUCUUCUGACAUGGAUGCCUACUUAUUACAAUCAGGUUUUGAAGUUUAACCUCACCGAGUCUGGGCUGUUCUGCGUCUUACCAUGGUUAACCAUGGCUGUCUUUGCAAACAUAGGAGGGUGGAUUGCUGACACACUUGUGGGUAAAGGACUUUCCAUAACAACUGUCCGGAAAAUAAUGCAAUCAAUCGGCUUCCUUGGUCCUGCUUUUUUCCUAACACAGCUGAGUCAUGUUCGGACUCCUGCCUUAGCUGUGUUAUGCAUGGCUUGCAGUCAGGGAAGCGACGCCUUUUCACAGUCCGGACUCUACUCUAAUCACCAAGACAUCGGACCCCGCUAUGCAGGUGUUCUUCUGGGACUGUCAAACACUGCAGGGGUUCUUGCUGGUGUCUUUGGUACUGCUGCCACCGGAUAUAUCCUACAAAAAGGCUCGUGGGACGAUGUUUUUAAGGUCUCGGUUGCCUUAUACAUCAUCGGUACAUUAGUCUGGAAUUUCUUUUCGACAGGAGAGAAAAUUUUUGACUAAAGGAAACUAGUUUGGAUGCAUUCGGACAAUUUGGUCAAAAAAUUAGAGGUACAAUAUCAAACCUAUAUGACAGACUUAACGGAGAUAAUGACUUGUUGGCAAGAAGCCAGCUAAACUUUCUAUCAGUGAUGUAUACAAGCUGCAUUGAAAGACCACCACCUGCCAAGGAAAUUAUAUCCGCAUCCCAUUCAAAAAGUUCAGGCACUCUUUUUUUAAUAAAUAAUUAUAGUUUUUUCACAUAUUUUUAUAGUUUCUAAGAAAAUAAAAAAAAGAUCCAUCUGAUUCAGAAAUGGUACUGCAUGUUGUUCUUUCAAUGUAUGUUUGUCUUUGGUAUCUUUUGGCUAUGAUGAGCAUCUCUCAUUUGUUUGUAGUUGGUAGAAAAGAAUGCAGUAAUCUUGGUGCAUCAUCUGUAUAAUAUAUUGUUGAAUUUGAUUUUGCCAUUAAUUCA